ACAGAUUUUGCUUCAAAAACUUCAUUUAUGUUUUUCAAAAAGUUUACGUUGUUUGUUUUGUUUACAUUAACAACACACUUUCUCUUGCUUUAUCUUUAACUCUGUUCGCAUUUAUUUUCACCGAAAUUAUAAAGUGAAACCACAGAAAACUACGUGUUAUAAACUAACCAACUAACAACUUUGAAGCUCUUUGUUCCAUCAAGUGAUAUGUUAAAAAACUUAUUGUAACUUUCAAUAUGUUAAAAAUUUUCAACACAAGCAAAUGGAUAAUUUACUAAGGAACCCCCUAAAAUUAUACAUUCAAGAUAUAUACCGUGCCAAACAGACAGAUAACAAAUAUGUUUACGAACUGUUCGGCUUGCGUUUCAAAAAUAUAAUGAUACAUGGCGUUGUUACUUCAGUGUAUAAUAUUACGAAAACUUCAGCAAAUCUAGAAGUAAGUGAUCCUACAGGCACCGUGCAUAUUUAUUACGAUAAAAAGAAAUCAAACACAGCUGUCUCAGAUUCAACAUUAAGAGAUUUAAAGAAUAAUUACAUAGACGCAUCAAAAUUUGGCGAUCUGAAUAUUCAAAUUAUGACAAAGAUGAUGCAAGGAAUUACAGACAAAAAUACGGUUAUUUUUGAAGAUGGUGACUAUAUUAGUGUAGUGGGGGAUAUUUUUGUGGAGAGUUUAAAAAAUAUAAGAAUGGUUUCUGCAUAUAAUUGUGAUAGGACUAAUGUAGAAUAUGAUAUUGUAUGGAUGGAAGAGCUAAGAUAUAUGUAUGAUAAGUAUUAU